UGCAUAUGAGUUAGAAUCAUGAAUCUUAUGAACAAAUGUAGUACAAGUUUGAAAUUAUUAGAAAGAAAUUCAACAUUUUUUCGCCUGUAUUAUAAAAAGUCAACUGAUAAUGAUCAGUUGUCAGUGCAGAAAUCCAGACAUCCACUUAGCCAGACAUCAGGGACAUUAAAUGCAGACUUAAGAAGCAUACAAAAUCUUAUUCCCUUUGUACCUAAACAGCCAUACGCAAAGAAGCACUUUAGUGAUCAAUGUGAUGUUGUUGUCAUUGGUGGUGGCGCUGUUGGUUCCUCUGUAGCCUUCUGGCUAAAGACUAGGGUGCGGAAUGGUGUCAGAGUUAUUGUCAUUGAGAAAGACCCUUCGUACGCGAAAGCCUCUACACCGCUUUCCUGUGGCGGUAUCAGACAACAGUUCAGCUUGCCUGAAAACAUACAGAUGUCAAUGUUUGGAGCAGAAUUUCUUCGAAACCUAAAGAGCUAUCUUCAUGUAGAGGGAGAGAACACACCAGAUGUAUCUUUUAUGCCACAUGGGUAUCUUUUUCUAGCAACUGAUAGAUCUGCCCAGCAACUGGAGGAAAAUGCACGCCUUCAACAUCAACUGGGUGCUAAAAAUGAAUUACUGUCACUGUCAAUGCUGAAGAAAAAAUUUCCGUGGCUGGAUACAACUGGAAUUGUGCUGGGUUGCCAUGGUCUUGAAAAUGAAGGAUGGUUUGACCCAUGGUCUUUGCUAAUGGCAUUCAAGAAAAAAGCAAUUUCUGAAGGAGUGGAAUAUGUAACAGGAGAGGUUAUUGGAUUUGAAUUUAGAAAAAUGCCUGACAUGCUAAUAGAAGGCGUUGAGCCAGGAACCUAUGAAACAGUUGAGACUGUUUUGGUAAAAACAGAAGAUGGUGAAGUUAGACCCAUUGAGUUUGAGAGUGCAGUGAUAGCUGCUGGCGCAAAUUCAAGAAAAGUAGCUGAAAUGGCUAGAAUAGGUAAAGGCCCUGGGUACCUUAAGACUCCUUUGCCUGUUGAACCACGAAAAAGAUAUGUGUAUUGUUUCCACUGUCCAAACGGUCCCAGCCAGACACCAGUCGUCAUUGAUCCUACUGGUACAUAUUUCAGGCGAGAGGGUGGUGGACAUUUCAUCUGUGGCAAAUCACCUACAGAAGAGGAAGGAGAACCAAACACAGAGGAUCUUGAGGUUGACUAUAGUUAUUUUGACGGCUGUGUUUGGCCAUAUCUUGCAGCUAGAGUUUCAGCAUUUGAACAGUUAAAGGUGACAAAUGCCUGGGCUGGAUAUUAUGACACCAAUGUUGCAGAUGAAAAUGGAAUUGUUGGACGCCAUCCAUAUUACCAUAAUCUUUACAUAGCAACUGGAUUUAGUGGCCAUGGUAUUCAACAAUCACCUGCUGUUGGGCGUGCCGUUAUGGAAAUGAUGUUUGAAGGUGGAUUCAAGACAAUAGACUUGAGGCGUUUUGGAUUUGAAAGGCUUAUACAUAAUGAGUUGCUGAGGGAAGUGAACAUCAUAUGAUUGCAAAUCAUUAUGUUAAAUGUUAAUGAGAUCUGAAUAUUAAAUAAUAAUGUAAUUAUAAAACUUGGAAUUUUCUGAUCUGAAUAUAAAAAUAAGUUUGCCACUGCAAAACACUGUAUUAUAAGAAUGUACAAAUAUUCAAGCAGAUUACAAAAGAGGAAAAUUUCUUCAACAUUCUAAAAUAUGAAAUUGCUGACGGAAAUGAUCAUAUGACUGCAAAUCAUUAUAUUAUAUGUUCAUGAGAUCUGAAUAUUAAUUAAUAGGAUAAUUAUGAAACUGUUUUUUUUCUGAUCUGAAUAUAAACAUGUUUGCCAUUGUAAAACAGUGUAUUAUAAGAAUGCAC